GAGGGCGGUAGCGUAUAAGGUGCAGAGGAAGACGUGUUUCAAAAGCGCUCCCUCUAACGUACAUCAUAAACAACUCGAGUAAGAUAUUAGUUCAAGUGGCUCUCUUUUCUAACAGAGAAGCUCAUCUCCUGCAUGGUGCAGAAGUGAUAUUUCAGUUUAUUUUAUUUAUGUUUUAAUUGAUUUAUUCAUACAACAUGAAUUCAGUUUUGAAUCCAGAAGCUCCAGAAUUUUAUCCACAUCUAACAUCAGUUACACAGGAUGGAUACACGAAAAUCACCAAAACAAUCAAACUGUCUAAUCACUUACCUGCAGGAGUUGCAUACAAGAUAUUCAAAACAUUCACUGAUUUCAGCAUUGUAUCAUGUAAAGUGAGCAAUAAUGUUGUCAUACAAUCGAAUGACAUACUGGUCAAUGAACUGCCAGGUGUGAAGCUGAAGACAAAAAAUAUCGAAUACAACACAGAGAAAAUAAUAGACGCCAACGACAACAUUUUGGACAGAGUUAACAUCAACAUUGACAAUGUGUGCAGAGUGAACGCACCAUGCGAGCAGUUCCUGGAAGGUGUCAAUCCGAACUGCAAAGCCUGGAGCAACAAGCCUGUUAUCACUAAGAUACAGGUGGGGUCGACUCUGUUCAUUGGAGCUAAAAACAUACCAAGACCCCAAUUGCUAUUUAAAGACACCAUCGACAACUCGAACAGCCUAUGGGUCCCGAAGAUUUCGGAUAAGCCGAACAAUAUUAAGCCACUGGCAUUGAACAUCCUCUUCAAUGAAGAAGGACAAGCUGUGGGAUACGAGCAUCCGUACAGGGUGGAAAUAGACCUGUAUGAGCCGCCGCUUGAGUUUUUGGAGCCCGACCCUGAGCCUCCCUCGUUCCCACCACCGCUUGAGGAAACGAAUUACACAUACAUUGACACAGAGGCACUGGUCAAUCAGCUCGUGGAUCAUCUAGAGACGGUUGUGGAGUUGGCUAUCGAUGUAGAACAUCACUCUUACAGAACCUAUCAAGGCAUAACCUGUCUGAUUCAAAUAACGACAUACGCCGGCGACUUCCUCAUCGACGCUCUCGCCGUGCGUGAACAUAUUCACAAGUUGAACUUGUCAUUCACCGACCCUAAAAAGAUAAAAGUGUUCCACGGCGCCGAGAUGGAUGUGCUGUGGCUGCAGCGCGACUUCGGCGUGUAUGUGGUGGGGAUGUUCGACACCCACAAGGCUGCACGCGCACUCAACCUGCCAUCGCUCUCCCUCAAGAGUCUCUUGUUCCGUUACUGCGGGGUGGACACUGAGAAGAAGUAUCAGCUCGCCGAUUGGCGCAUUCGUCCGCUCCCUGACGAGCUGGUGAAGUACGCUCGCCUGGACACCCAUUACUUGCUGUACAUCUGGCGUCGUUUGAAGGGCGAGCUGCUGGAUGCAGGAGGAGGAGAGCCGAACCUGCUGCUCUCAGUCUUCGAAGUGAGCCGUCAUCUGUGUGGCACCACCUACAACAAAGAAGUGCUGAACGAAAACAGUCACAUGACAAUCUACAUGCGCUCGAAGAAGUCUUUCAAUUCGAAACAAAUGGCCGCCCUACGGAUGCUGUACCGUUGGCGUGAUGCUCAGGCGCGGGAGCUGGAUGAGAGUACCACAUACUUGUUGCCGAAUCACAUGCUGCUGUCGCUCGCCGAAGCACUUCCACGAGAAAUGCAGGGCUUGAGCGCUUGCUGCAACCCCAUGUCGCCGUUUCUAAAGCAGAAUCUCGUCACCGUGCACCGGAUGCUGCUGUCGUGCCGUGAGCUCCCCCUGGAACCCCAGCUGUAUCAGAUGCCGUCAGCCGUGGACGCUAUGUCGAUCAUGCCGCCGCAAUUAACUUACGAAGUCCUCGAUUUGGGAAAUUACCCCGAAUACACAGAGGAAGACGGUACCUCAGAGGAAGCGGUUGGCCCCUUGGAGGAGGAGGUGGAGGAGCCGCCCAAAAAGGCUGAUAUCCCCGUCUUUAAGACUCCCGACCCCGGCACCGGCUCGCGUUUGAAUGUGGAUGCGAAGAUGUUUGUUCCACCGUUCGACAGAUACAAACAGUAUCGUUCAUUGGCACAGGUUGAGGAGAUAAAGGAAUACAAAGACAAAGAGGCGAAGAUUACGGCCAUAUCGAAGGGCAACGAGUAUAUAAAGACUGAAGUGCUGAUCAAGCUGCAAGAAGCGAAGACUCUCAUCGAAAAUGAAAAGAAGAAAGCCGAAAAAGAACCCGAUGACGAGGCUGCAGCAUCGGCGCCCGACAUGGAAGGCACCGGAGCGCUGCGCAAACGAAAGAUACCAAACGAGAAAGCGGCCAAGAAAAACGAAUCUAGCAACAGACAGGGCAAGAAUAAGUCAGAUAAGAACAAGAACAAGAAUCAGAACAAGGCCAAGAAUGAAACCGAGCCCGUACCCGCGAGCGCCGCCAACGUGAAGCCGUUCAACUAUAAGAAUGUAAACUACAGGAAGUUCCGCGAUGAGCCGGAGAAGCCGCACAAGCAGUCUAAGACGAAGCUGAAGAAACAUAAAUAAUCAUUUACAUUAUAAGCGAAAGUAAACCCAUGUAAUCGAAA